AUGGCGUCGAGCGGAGCGGUGCCGUUUUGGAGAGCAGCGGGUAUGACCUACAUCACCUACUCUAACAUAUGCGCCAAUCUGGUCAGAAAUUGCCUCAAGGAACCCUACAAGGCUGAAGCCCUGUCUCGUGAGAAGGUCCAUUUCGCUCUCUCCAAAUGGGUCGAUGGCAAGCCUGAAAAACCUAAAGGGUGCUUUGAUCUAUUCGCUCAGACACUUCAGGACAGUGAUUCGAUGGGAGCUAUAAAUGCAUUGAAAGAAGAAAAGAAAAACAAGGCGUGGUGUGCUGGCAAUCUUCUCCUCCCUUCUCUCUCUGGCGCAAGUCUUAACUCUUUCCAUCACCGCGUUCUGCUGAUCUCGUCUCAGUUGGAAUCUGUGGAUAUGGCGACGGCGAAGACGUCUCGGUCGAGAAGCACAGUGGCGAGUGCGAAGGAGAACGGACCUAAGCUUGAAGAAGGUCUCAAUCCCUUCAAGACUGAAAAAUUCGACGCUGAGUCCUAUGUCCAGUUCAAUUGCUCUCUCAAUGAUAAGGUUCAUUUCGUUUUCCUCUUUACUGUGUUCAAUGAGUUGCGUGUUCACUGUUCGAAACAUGCUCUAAACAAUGUUACAAUUGUUCUUCAGGAAAUUAAGCAAUUGUGCACAUAUUUGGUGGACUUGAAGAAAGCAUCCGCUGAGGAGAUGCGUCGAAGUGUCUAUGCUAACUAUGCGGCCUUUAUACGAACAUCUAAGGAGAUAUCAGAUUUGGAGGGGGAGCUUUCAUCUAUUAGAAACCUGCUCUCCACACAAGCUGGCUUGAUACAUGGUUUGGCUGAAGGAGUUCACAUCGAUUCACUAUCAAUUUCAAAUUCUGAUGAUUCUUCUGUAAAUGCUAUAUCAGAUUCUGAAGAUAAGGAGACAUCAGACCUAGACAAAUGGUUGGUAGAGUUUCCUGAUCUCUUGGAUGUUCUCUUGGCUGAAAGGCGAGUGGAAGAGGCUUUAGCUGCUCUUGAUGAAGGAGAACAUGUAGUCUCUGAGGCUAAAGAGAUGAAAUCUAUCAACCCAUCAGUACUAUUGUCUCUACAGAAUUCCAUUGCUGAACGCAGACAAAAGUUAGCUGAUCAGCUGACUGAAGCUGCUUGUCAGCCCUCUACACGAGGUGCGGAGCUUCGUGCAUCAGUUUCCGCCCUUAAAAAACUUGGAGAUGGUCCCCAUGCCCACAGCUUGCUACUUAAUGCCCAUCAGCAACGGUAUCAGUAUAACAUGCAAAGCCUUCGACCCUCAAGCACCUCAUAUGGUGGAGCAUAUACUGCUGCUCUUGCUCAACUGGUAUUCUCUGCAGUUGCACAAGCUGCUAGUGAUUCUUUGGCUAUAUUUGGUGAGGAGCCAGCUUAUACUUCAGAACUUGUGAUGUGGGCUACAAAGCAAACGGAGGCAUUUGCUCUUCUGGUGAAAAGGCAUGCGUUAGCUUCAUCAGCAGCUGCAGGAGGUUUAAGAGCUGCUGCAGAGUGUGUUCAAAUAGCAUUGGGUCACUGUUCAUUGUUGGAAGCUCGUGGCCUGGCUCUUUGUCCUGUUCUGUUGAAACUUUUUAGGCCUAGUGUUGAGCAAGCACUAGAUGCUAAUUUGAAACGAAUUCAAGAGAGUACUGCUGCUUUGGCUGCGGCUGAUGAUUGGGUACUGACAUACCCUCCCACAGCUAAUCGUCAGAGUAGUAGGCCUUCAAGUAUAUCCAUUAGUAAUACAACCGCAUUUCAACAUAAACUUACAAGCAGUGCCCAUCGUUUCAAUUUGAUGGUCCAGGACUUCUUUGAGGAUGUAGGACCACUGCUUAGCAUGCAGUUGGGAGGCCAAGCACUGGAGGGAUUGUUUCAAGUAUUUAACUCCUAUGUGAACAUGCUCAUAAAAGCAUUACCUGGAUCAAUGGAGGAAGAAGCAAGCUAUGAAGAUUCUGGAAACAAAAUUGUGCGCAUGGCUGAGACUGAGGCCCAGCAAAUUGCAUUGCUAGCAAAUGCCUCAUUACUAGCUGAUGAACUACUUCCACGUGCAGCUAUGAAGCUUUCCCCCAUAAAUCAAGCUGCCUAUAAGGAUGAUAAUCGAAGAAGAACCUCAGAAAGACAAAAUCGUCAUCCUGAACAAAGAGAAUGGAGGAGAAGACUUGUUGGUUCAGUUGACAGAUUGAAAGAUACAUUCUGUCGUCAACAUGCAUUGGACCUAAUUUUUACCGAGGAAGGUGAUAGUCAUCUUACUGCUGACAUGUAUAUAAAUUUGGAUGGAAAUGCUGAAGAUGUUGAAUGGUUUCCAUCUUUGAUUUUCCAGGAGCUUUUUGUAAAACUAAACCGAAUGGCCAAUAUAGCAGCAGAUAUGUUUGUUGGGAGGGAAAGAUUUGCUACGCUCCUCUUGAUGAGACUUACAGAAACUGUUAUGUUGUGGCUUUCAGAAGACCAGAGCUUUUGGGAUGAUAUCGAGGAAGGUCCCAGGCCUUUAGGUCCCCUUGGUCUUCAACAGUUCUAUUUGGAUAUGAAGUUUGUCGUAUGUUUUGCUUCGCACGGUCGGUACUUGUCAAGGAAUUUGCAACGAAUUGUCAAUGAGAUUAUAACAAAAGCGAUGGCAGCAUUUUCUGCUACAGGGAUGGAUCCAUAUGGAGAACUGCCAGAAGACGAAUGGUUUAACGACAUAUGUCAAGAUGCAAUGGAGAGACUAAGUGGAAAACCAAAAGAAAUAAAUGGGGAGAGGGAGCUUAACAGCCCUACUGCAUCCGUCUCAGCUCAGUCAAUUUCAUCUGUCAAAUCGCAUAACAGUUCGUAA